AUGGCCGUUGAUAGCAGCCCCUCGAUCUCUAUCCACAUAACAAUAACUAUUGACCCCUCCAAGAGUGAAGCGUUUCUGGAGGCUUUGAGACCAACAUUUGAGGAAGUGAUAAAAGAGCCUCUCAAUGCAUCCAUUGAGGUAUUCCAAGAUGCCAUGACGCCCGGCGUCUUCCGAAUAAUCGAGAAUUGGAAUACGAGUAUCGAGUAUAUGACAAAUGUGCAACGGAAGAAGGAUUACUACAAGCCGUAUUUUGCGGCAAUUGAGCCCAUGUAUCUGAAACCGCUUGAGGCAACAGUCUACAAUCGAUUCCAAGGAAAAGAAUGGAAGAGCAACAAGGAAAGGUGGUAA